AUGGCUGACCAACCCGACUCGGGUGUCCCCAAUUUGCCAAGCCAACCUCAUCAUCUUGGCGCCUUGCCCAUUGACCGGGAGGGGCUGAGCUAUUGCGCAGUGCCCACAUUACCAGCGGCCACCAGGGGUUCUACACUGGAAGCAAAGCGCCAGCAGAUAGACGAGCAAAUUUCAGCUCUAGAGGACCAAGUCGUUCGAGUCAAGGAGGAGAUUUUGAAGCUGAAGAGUCAGCGUAACGACCUCAGCCCCAUCGCUCAUCUUCCAAACGAACUACUAUGCAAAGUCUUCUCUGAUGUCAAGGACGUCUACGAAACCCAUUAUCCGUUAGCUCCAACUCGCUGGGCUCGCAUCAGUCGCGUUUGUCGUCGCUGGAGGAACGCUGCCCUCAGCAACGCAUCCUUAUGGACAACCAUCACAGACGACGACCCGGAACGACUUCGCGCCUUCAUGGCAAGGUCAAAGGGAACUUCUUUGAAUAUCACCCUCAAGGGCAAAGCCCUACCCCCCGAUGUCGAUAGAAUGAUGCAGCAAUCAUUAUCCGACACCCACCGACUAGCCUCACUCGUCAUCCAAAGCGAUAUUUAUGACCUGCGGCACAGAACCAGCGGGCUUGGUCCUGCGCCCAAACUCCACACCCUUUCACUUCGAAACGUAUCGAAGCACCCAGACGAACUGGGGAACAUUUUGCGAGAAGGUGCACCGCUCCUUCGCAAUCUCCAACUGGACUGUUGUAGGAUUCCUUGGACGUCCCCCCUCUUCAAUGGAUUAACGACGCUCAAGUUAAAAUCCGAGACAGACUCCACAUGGGACGUAGCUGGCGUUCUAGACGCAUUCGCCAGGAUUCCAGCACUGGAAUUCCUGGAUUGGGGCGUUCACUUCCGCACGGGGACCCUUCCAGUUCCAGACGAACGGCUUGUCCGUUUCCGUCACCUCAAGCACCUGUCCCUUAGCGGCCAACUUUCCAUCUGCCUCGAGUUUUUGGCCCACAUCGCCAUUCCUGAAACAGCAUCCGCUCGCAUUGAGAGUUCGGAAGACGGAACCCUUCCACAGUCCGGUGCCAUUCUCCCCCAACGGCUCCUUGAAGCGACGCCCACGACUCCGCUGUCCCAGGCCGUCCGAGUCCAAGAUCAGUACCAAGCGGUCUCUAUCGAAGUUAUUGGAUCCUCCAAAAUCCGUGUCGAGCAUUGGCCGACACUCUCCAUGACCAAAUCCAGCAGACUGGUAUAUGUCCUGUCGGGCUGGGGAACACACGGACCCCGUUCGUUCUGCGGCAUGUCUCUGGGCGCUGUACAAUAUCUGUACUUGUCCUAUGGAGAGCUACGUAGAGAUGCAGAUGCCGUAGAACAAGCGUUCGAAAUGAUGCCAGCUGUAGAACAAGUGGUUCUCUCUCGAGCGGCAGGCGGGCGGUUUGUAAAAGCUCUCAAACACAACCCCUCCCUGUUCCCGACACUCACCUUUCUUUCAUUCCACGACGUAACGUUUUUCGAAACUCCGAAAUCGCGCUCCUGCACCUGCUCUAAGCGCUCUGCGACCGGGUUUUCCGACCUGGUGGCCCUGCUUCCACGGCCUGGCCUAGAGAAGCUGUCGUUUAGGCGGUGUGCGAAUCUGACAAAGGAUCAUAUAGAGAUUCUUAGUGCGUUCGAUGUAGAGGUUGAAUGGGAUGCCAUCGAGCAGAAUGUUGACAGAAAAUGUCAAUCUACAUGUAUAUCCCAAAUCCGUCGCCGUUGA